GCCCCACUCAGAGGACGGGCAGGUAGAAAGGGGUGUCGUACCCACCGAGGCCUCUGUUUGGGGAGGGUCGUCAGUAGGGAAACCAGGAAUGCAGAUAAUGGGCUUGCAGACUGCUCAACCUUCCCUGGAGUCCUGUGGGGCCUCUGCCCACGGCAGCUUCCUGCUCCUGCUUCUCAGCCUCGGGUGGCUGUUACCUUCCAGGGCCCAGGCUGAAGACUCGAGACUGGGUGCCAUGACCCCAUGGCUGCAAGGCACCUCCUGGGACCUGUCCUGGCAGCGACCUGAGCUGACUGUCUUCCUCUCGAGGGACCGGCGGGACACGGAGAAGAAGGUCUGCCCGCCGGAGCGGAAGGCCCACGCGGUGGACGAAAACCUUGUCCUCUAUGAGGAGUGGGAGCUCGAGGCCUGUGUGGAUGGGGCCCUGCUGGCGGCUCAGAUGGACCUCGUGAACAUGCUACCCUUCACCUACCAGCAGCUGGGUGUUUUUAAGCGCAAACUGGAUGAGUUCUACCCACAGGGGUACCCUGAAUCCCUGAUCCAGCACCUGGGGUACUUCUUCCUCGAGCUCACCCCCGCGGACAUCCACAAGUGGAACGUGACAUCCCUGGAAACUGUGAAAGCUCUCCUUCAAGUCAGCAAAGGGCAGAAAAGGGAUGGUCAGGUGGCUGCUCUGAUUGCCCGCUAUGCGGCAGGAGGGGGUCAGCUGGACAAGGCUGCCCUGGACACACUGGCCACCUUCAGCCCCACAUACCUGUGUUUCCUCAGUCCUGAGCAGCUGGGCACAGUGCAGCCCAGCGUCCUUUGGGCAGUCAGGCCCCAGCACCUGGAGGCAUGCCGCCCACCGCAGAUGCACGUCCUCUAUCCCAGAGCCCAUGCUGCCUUCCAGAACGUGAGCAGGUCUGAAUACUUUGCGAAGAUCAAGCCCUACCUGGGUGGGGCCCCCACGGAGGACCUGCGGGCUCUCAGUCGUCAGAAGGUGAACAUGGACAUGGCCACAUUCAAGACUCUGCAGACGGAGGCCGUGCUGCCGCUGACCAUUGCCGAGGUGCAAAACCUUCUGGGUCCAAACCUGGUGGGCCUGAAGGCGGAGGAGGAGAACAGCCCCGUGCGGGAGUGGAUCUUACGGCAGCGGCAGGAUGACCUGGACAGUCUGGGCCUGGGGCUCCACGGUGGUAUCCCCAAUGGCUACCUGGUCAUGGACCUCAGCUUCCGAGAGGCCCUCUCAGGGGCCGCCCGCCUCCUGGGACCCGGACCAGUGCUCACUGCGAUCCCCACUCUGCUCCUGACUUUGACCCCGAAGUGAGCCCGCUGCUCUGGUUGCGGGCCUCCCCUGCCGCGAGGCCCUGCCUGGCCCACCCCAAGGGGACUGGAGUUCAAUAAAAGGCCCCUGUCCUU